GGCGAGAGUGGGCCACAAAAUUUCUUCACAGGUUCCGUCUGUGUCACGUAGGGGUUAAAUUCUGCGGUUAUAUUCGAACCUGUUUCCGGCAGUUAUGGAUUUGCGAAUGAUAAAAUUAAUCCUUUAUUGGAAAAAGUGAUCGACGAUGUCGUUGAGAAGAAGCAGCAUCCUCAGCGUCGGUUCCCGGGUGACGUUUAACGAAGAAGUCCAACAUUUGGAGGGUGAGUUGCCGCUGUUGUGCGAUACGUGGAUAUUCGAGUUGGAAAAACAGAGAAAAUAGACGAGAAGUAGGAAAGAAACGCGGGAAACAGGGUAGCAGAAGUAACGGCUGAGGUUUCCUCCGAAACUCGCGAGGGUUCGAGAGAAAGUAAUAUCGCAAGUUAGAAAAGGGGUGACAGGUGGUGGAAGGAGCAGCGACGGAGAAGCGGCAAAGAAGGAGGUCCGCGCCAAGAUCUUGGGGCAGUAGAAACUAAGGAGAGGCAGCCUCCGCUUCUUAAAUCGUUAUUUCCUCGCCCUCCUCACAUCCCUCCGCCACUCUUCGUUUUUCUCCUCGGUUUCACCGCCUCUUGGAACAGGGGAUGAUAACCCUGCGAAAUUUAGUACACUCGCGAAACGUACCUAGCGAGAACUCCUCUUUUUGUCCCGUAGUUCACGAACUAUUUAUCUAUACAGAUCUCACCGACGAUGAACUCAGAGACGUGUUGGAACAAACGCUCCAAAAUAAUCGCUAUCUCCAGUUGGAAAAUGAAAUUUUCGAGAGAUACCUGCUUCGUCACGACCCUCAGAGCGUUCAAGCAAUGGCGCAAGUUUUGGAUUCUGCAAAACACGCGCAAAGAGUCGCCUCCCAAAUGAUACCGAUAACGUCAGCUUUGAGUUUGAACAGCGAACGACUUGAACGAGGAACCUCACUCAGCGGAAGUAGCACUUUAACAUUUACCGGAAGUCGUCGGACCAUCACGAACCAAUUAAUACCCAAAGGAUUCCGAAUUUCGAUCUCGCACCGCAUCGAGAUGGCUCGUAACGAAAUUGAAGAGAUGCGAAAAUCGCUGAGCGAAGUCGAAACUAUGGGUGCGAAAACGCGGGCAAAUCUCAGAGCGCAAAUGGAGGAAGUUGAGCUUCGAAUUCGAGAGACGAACGAGGCAAAAGUUGAACUGGAGGAAAACGUAGUAAAAAACGGGGUGGAUCCUCUCACCGGAAGGAUACCGGCGGAAAAAUUUGUUCGGUUCAUGGAGGAAUGGUUGAAGGCGGCGGACGGUAUCAUAGAAAAAUUGCGACUGAAAAGCGCCUCGUUGAAAUCGCAAAUCGGUAAAGUUAAACACCAGCUGGCCCAAAAAGAGGAGUUGGGAGAAAUAUUGCAUCCCAUUGAUUUCGAACAACUUGCAAUCGAGAAUCACAAAUAUCAGCAAAAAAUCGAAAAGAAGAAUCACCACCUGCUACAAAUGAAGAAAAUUACAGGUCGUUGCAGCCUCAAAUUGUCAAAUUGCAAGCAAAAGCUGGCUGAACAAGUGGCAACGCUGAAAUCGAUCGAAAAAGAAAUUGUUCACAAACAAACACAGAUAGAGAAGUUUGCUGCCGAAGAACAAGCCACAAUUAUCGAUUCGGAGAAGGCUGCUGUUCAACUUCGUAAGAUAACGCAUCUCAUGGACGAGUACACGGUACCGGGUGUAAUCGAGUUUGUAAAAAUGCAAGAUGAACUGGCAGAAAUGCAGAAGACUUACAAACGUUUGGACAGACAUCUCCAAUUGAGGCAAACCGCGAUCAGGGCUCAAAAGAAUCAAGCUAAGAGAAAUUCAAAAAUAAAGGAGCUGUCGUAAGAAAACAGAACGAAGUACGUGAAAUAUGAUGUCAAGCUGCCUUAUACCAUCCUCGAUAACAUGAAACUAUUUUCUAUCUUUUUCUCGAACGAAACAUCUAUUUUUCGAAACAGACCGGAGCCGCCAGGGCGUCUGUGGGAGCCCUCUCUGCAGAAUUUCGGAUGUUUAUUUGUACCUUCGUAAUCACACAGUGGCCAUCCAUGUAAAUAGCGCAACGCGUACACUCGUUUUAUUUCACAAAAGUUAUUGUCCCUCUCACGGAUGUGAGUAAUUGUGACGUCCAAUCAGACGAAUUCAAUUGAUGGACAACACGAUCGCAAUUUCUGCGUUGCUAAUAAUACGUAGUCUGCGACAAGUCAUUACAAAGUACAUGUAUACGUAUUACUUUCGAUUACAUUACAUGGUCCUGAGCAACAAUGAUCAGAUAAUUCAUUAGCCAUGCUCCAAGCCCUUCGAACACGAUCAGGAGGAUGAAAAUGACGAGAUCCGGUUUCGGUGAAACUGAAAUUGCAUUUGGUAAGAAAAAAAAAAAAGGAAUUUUUUGUCAUCGUAGCCGUUGAACGUUCAU